UUCUGAAGUCAUGUGGGGGACCAUCCUGGUUUCAGGGGGCAUGGUACCCAGACGGAGUGAACGUCUGCUCUGCUCUGUAGGCAGCUUCUCCCAGGCAAUGGCAUUAACCCUUUGUAUUCAUGGAGGGUUUCCAAAAUAUCUUCUUUACUAAAGGAGACCCACAGCUGCUCUUGGAGAUUCCCAGAUGCUGUUGGCAGUACCACUUCCUGUUUAUCCAGACUUGACUGAAAUGAAGGAAAGUUUUUAGGAAUCUUUUGGGGGAAUCUGUGUACAUUCCAGCAGACUGAACCAGAACAACAAGCCCCUAUCCAUACUGCCCACGUAUCCUAAAGAAUGAUCUCGACUAUGAAGUCAAAGCAUUUUGGGGAGUGAAAAGGAGAAGAUGGUACCCCUGGCUGGCAGCUGAAAGGGAUGACGGUCUGGUUCCUGGUGAAGAUGCUAAGAAUGAAGAGGAGAUCUUCCAAAGAAGGGAGGAACCCGCAGCAGGGAGCCACUGAAGACUGUAGCAUUGACUCUGAUGACUGGACCAGCUCUGAGAGUGAGCCAGAACAGCUGGGCUUGCAGAAUCCCAGCCACCUCCAGGGGCAAGAACAAGGACUGCCCCCCAAGCCACACCGGCAGCUCUGCCGCUCCCCCUGCCUGGACCAACCCAGCUUCUCUCAGAGCAGCACCCAGCAGGACCCAAAGCUCGAAGAGGACAAGCAGCCCCCCGUGGACAAAGAGUACCAGGCCAAAAUGGACUUCGCUUUAAAACUCGGCUAUGCUGGGGAGCAGAUUCAAGCUGUUCUGAGCAAACUCGGCCCAGAUGCCCUCAUCAAUGACAUAUUGGCUGAACUUGUGAGGCUAGGGAACAAGAAUGAGGAGGAGGGCCAGAAGAGUGGAGGGGCAGAACACAGCCAUGCCGCCAGGGACGUGGCCAGCCCAGAGCUGUCCCUGGAAGACGAGACUGCGGACAACACUGAGAACCUGAGACCUGUUGUCAUAGACGGAAGUAACGUGGCCAUGAGCCAUGGGAACAAAGAAGGCUUCUCCUGCAGGGGAAUACAAUUAGCCGUGGACUGGUUUCUGGAGAAAGGCCAUAAAGAUAUUACGGUAUUUGUACCUGCAUGGCGGAAGGAGCAGUCUCGCCCUGAUGCGCCAAUUACAGAUCAAGAUAUCUUACGUAAACUGGAGAAAGAAAAGAUUCUUGUCUUCACUCCAUCCCGAAGAGUACAAGGCAGGAGGGUCGUCUGCUAUGAUGACCGUUUCAUUGUCAAGUUGGCUUUUGACUCUGAUGGCAUCAUUGUGUCCAAUGAUAACUACCGGGAUCUUCAGAAUGAGAAGCCUGAGUGGAAGAAAUUCAUCGAAGAGAGGCUACUCAUGUUUUCCUUUGUCAAUGACAAGUUUAUGCCUCCAGAUGACCCCUUAGGGCGCCAUGGCCCAAGUCUGGAAAAUUUCUUAAGAAAGAAACCUGUGAUUCCUGAACAUAAGAAGCAGCCAUGCCCUUAUGGCAAAAAGUGCACGUAUGGCCACAAGUGUAAAUACUACCACCCAGAGCGUGCCAACCAGCCGCAGCGGGCGGUGGCAGAUGAGCUCCGCAUCAGUGCCAAACUGUCAGCUAUCAAAACCAUGAGUGAGGGAGCGUUGGCCAAGGGUGGUGGCGCGGCCCCAGUGCCUGCUUCCAAGAGUGAACCCAGCUCUGAAGGGAAGCGCGUCACUCCCAAACGCCAGUCAGAUCCCAGCAUCCGGUCUGUGGGUGUGGAAACCGACGAGAGACUGCCUAUCAUUCGUAAACCUGAGACCAACUCGGCCCCCACCCUGGUGACGGCACUGAGUGUCCCCACACUUCCUCCUUCCAAAAGCCAUGCGGCAGGUGCCCUGAACACCCGCUCUGCAAGCAGCCCAGUGCCUGGUUCCUCACAAUUCACCCAUCAGAAAUCUUCCCUAGAACACACAGCCAGUAUGCAAUACCCACCCAUCCUGGUCACCAAUAGCCAUGGCACCUCUGUCGGCUACACUGAGCAGUACCCAAAGUACGAGUCUUUGGGGGACCAUGGCUACUACUCAUUGAUGAGUGACUUCCCUAACCUAAGCAUCAACAGUGGCCGUGGUGCAGAUUACUAUGGGGCCGAGCCGGACCGUCACACGCGCAGCAUGUACUCUCGCAAUGCCAGCCCCUGCCAUGACAAACACAUGAGCCAUACAAGUAGUGAUCCUUAUUCCUCAUACAGCGAUUUGUAUUUGGGUGUAGUAGAUGCCAGUCAGGAAGAUGCUAUGAAGAUGAACCGAUCGUGCUCACAAAACCAUCUCCAGCCUUUUUCACAUGGUUACCAUGAAGCCUUAACAAGAGUACAAAGUUACGGUCCAGAUGAACCCAAGCAGGCUCCCCACAAACAUCCAGCACCCCGAUUAGUGUUGCAUGCCCAUCACCCAGUAGUUGGAGCCCGAUCUAGUUGUCCUGGAGAUUACCCUGUGCCUCAGAGCAUCCACCCCCCCGGCACAGCUCCGCCGGGCCGAGCAUUGGUGAUGACACGGAUGGACAGUGUUUCUGACUCCCGCCUCUAUGAUGGCAACCCGAUGAGGCAGAGGCGGCCACCCUUGUGCCGAGAGCAGCAUGCCAGCUGGGAUCCUCUGCCCUAUCCUGCUGCUGCCGACUCCUACAGUUAUCACUCUUACCCUUUGAGCACCAACCUCAUGCAGCCCUGUUAUGAGCCGGUCAUGGUGAGGAGCAUGCCCGAAAAGAUGGAGCAGAUCUGGAGGAAUCCCUGGGUUGGGAUGUGCAGCCAGCCAAGGGAGCAUCACAUGAUCCCUGAACACCAAUACCAGACCUAUAAGAACCUCUGCAAUAUCUUCCCGGUUGGCAUUGUUCUCUCGGUGAUGGAGAAGAAUCCCCACAUGACAGAUGCACAGCAGCUGGCAGCCAUAAUUGUGGCCAAGUUGAGAUCAGGACGCUAAUGGGGGCGCCUCGUCUCCCAUCCUUUCUUGGGGUGAGCGAUCUGGGAAGAGAAGAUACAGGGGAAAGGGGCUAUCCCAGUACUAAUGUUCUCUUCCUAAUCGAUUCUGUACAGGAAAAAGGAUGUCAAUGGUAUACUGAAGGCAGAUGCUGAAAGCGCCCAAAUCAGAUUGUAUUGUACAUAGGUUUAAUAUUUUAGGGUUGUUUUAAAGUAAGAAUUUCAAAAGCUGUGUGAAAGGAGAUAGUGUUUCUUAUUGCAUGGAUAGUUGACCAUCACAUAUCCUUAAUGAACUAAAUGGGGUCACAGUUCACCCUUGAAUGCUAUAAGUGCAAACCUAUCGUCAGCAGUUAUAUUGCAUGUUUGAAUGUAUAUUUUCUGGGGUGCGUUAAGUGUAUAUAUAUAUAUGCAUAUAUAUAUAUAAAUACUAUUUUCUGUUGAGAUAUAGA